UCCCAAAAUACCGCCCCCUCUCUCUUGGGGUCGAAAUCUCCUAAUUCUCGCUGUCAAACUCAAACCCUCGCUUCUCUCCCCAAAACCUCUCUCCCGCGCCCAUUCUCUCGUCUUCUCUCCCCAUCUCCUUCCCCUCAUCUCCUUCUUCUCCUCUGUAAUUCUCCUUGGAUGUCCUUUUUUCGAUCGCCGAGGUGCUAGGGUUUCGCCGCCGCCGGCCGCUUGAGCGCCGCCCCGCCGGAUCGCGAGAGAGAUGGUCCUGGGUUCGAGGCUGGACGGCGGGAGUCAGAUAGUCUCCGUUCGGAUUAGAAAGACCAUCCAGUCCAUCAAGGAGAUCGUCGGCGACCACUCCGACUCCGAUAUUUAUGCCAUGCUCCAGGAGACCAACAUGGAUCCCAACGAGACGGCCCAGAAAUUGCUCAACCAGGGUCCAUUUCACGAGGUUAAAAGGAAAAGGGACAAAAGGAAAGAACAUACAGGGUAUAUGGGUUCUGGUGAUACUAAAACAAGUGUGGAACACAACGUACAAUGGACGAAAUCUCAUGCUUCAUGGGAUCGAAAUGCUCGGAGAGAUGGUUUUACUGGAAAACUGGCACCUGGAAUCAGCCGAGAAUUUCGUAUUGUGAGGGACAACAGAGUAAACCAAAGUGCCAAUAGGGAUGUUAAGCCAGAGUCAAUUCAACAUUCAGCUUUUGGCAGUGAACAAGUUGUAUCAAACGUUCUGGAGAACAGCUCUGCUUGGGUUCCAAUCGAUCAGAAGAACAUGGUUUCCAAGAACUCGGAGGGGCACAUCCCAUCUCGAGGUGGAAGUGAGCCCCGUCAUUCUGGAGCAGAUCAUGCCAAAUAUGCAGGCUCAGGUGGCAGUCAUAAGCCAUUACUACCCGAAGAGACACAACCAACAGUCUCUACUUCACAGGCACAGGAGGUCCCCAAUAGUUCGAAGUCACAAUCUAAAUUGACAUCAACCAACUCUAUCAUUGGGGUGUGCUGUUCAUCUUCAGAUCCAGUUCAUGUUCCAUCUCCUAGUUCCAGAUCAGCUGGAACAGUUGGUGCUAUUCAGCGUGAAAUAGGAGCAGUGGGUGUUCGGAAACAGUCUUCUAAUCAUCCAACUUCUCAUUCAUCUGUUUCAAGUGGUUCCUUUUCAGUUCCUUUAUCAGGAAAAGAUACCUCAUUGCUUGCAAAAUCAUCGAUUCAAUCUGCUGCAGUGUCUAAGAACAAUCAAUUCAUCCAAACACCUUCUUCAGAGCCUAUCUUGUCUAGCACAUCUUUUAGCAGAUCAUUUUCAGUUGGUCAACACCAUAGCAGGCAGCCUGUGGGUCAUGGGAAAGCCAUGCAGUCCAACAUGGAGUGGAAACCAAAAUCAAUUCAGAAGGCGGCUGCGAUUAGUCCUGGUGUGAUUGAAACAGGUUCAACCUUUUCCCAUGCUGAUGGUUCUGGUAGCUCAAACCCAGCGGAUGUUCCUGGCUUGUCAGAGAAACUUUCACAAAUUAACAUUUUGGAAACUCAGCAUGUAAUCAUACCUCAGCAUCUUCAAGUGUCAGAGUCUGAACAUACGCAACUGACAUUUGGUAGUUUUGGAGCUGGUUUUGACUCCACCAAGGGGUUCACAUCUGCUUCUCAGGCUUCUGAAAAUGCACAAGAGACCAGCAAUGAACCUACUCUAAGUAUACUAGCAACUGGCCCACUGGGCUCCAGCGAGGAUGCCUCUGCCGCUGACCAAGGAGAUUUUGUGGAUGGCCAAUCUAGAACUUCCCAACCUGACUCUACCACAUCAUCUACAGAAUCUGAGGAAGCACAACCUGAAAAUAGCGGGUCCUUAAGCCCUCAUAAUAUUGGGAGUUUCGAGGAAAUUGGGUUGGUCCAAAGCCCAAGCCCUCCCUACAGUUCAGCAGAACCACAGCAACUACAGAAUUCAUCAACCCUGUCAAGCUUCCUGGCAUACGACCCCCAAAUGAGUUAUGGUGCCCCAUUUUUUAGGACGAUGAUGGAAGAAAAUGUGAGCUCACAAGGUUUAUCUUCACUGUCUGAGGCCCUGAACUCGCAUUCAAUGAGCAGCAGCUCUUCAAGCUUUGCCAUGGUUCAGCAGCCACCACCAAUUCAGCCACAGCAGCAGCCAGUAGCUCAGUUGUAUCCACAAGUUCCCAUCUCACACUACCCGAAUUUUGUGCCAUAUCGUCACUUAUUUUCUCCAGUUUAUGUCCCACAAAUGGCCAUGCCGAACUAUUCAAACAACCCUGCAUAUCCUCAUCCAUCAAAUGGGAACAACUAUUUUCUGAUGCCGGGAGCAAACUCGCACGUAACUGCAGGUAGCAUGAAGUAUGCUACCUCACAGUAUAAACCUGUUCCUGUAGGAAGCCCAACCGGGUAUGGAAACUAUGCUAAUCCUGCUGGAUUCACCAUCAAUUCUCCUGGUACUAUUGGCAGUGCUGCUGGCCUUGAAGAUGUAAGCAGGAUAAAAUACAAAGACAACAGCCUCUAUGUUCCAACACCCCAGGCAGAGACAUCUGAUAUCUGGAUUCAGACGCCACAAGAGCUUUCGAGCUUGCAAUCUGCACCAUAUUAUAAUUUAUCUGGGCAAGCACCACAUGCAGUUUACAUGCCAACCCAUGCUGGUCAUGCUUCGUUCAAUGCCGCAGCACAGUCAUCUAAUGUUCAAUAUCCAGGCUUGUACCAUCCACCACAGCCGGCCUCCGUCGCGAGUCCCCAUCAAAUGGUGCACCAGCAGGUCCCAUCAGCCCUGGGUGCGAGCGUUGGAGUUGGAGUUGGAGUGGCACCUCCUGGACCCCAGAUCGGGGCCUAUCAGCAGCCCCAGCUUAGUCACCUGAAUUGGAUGGCCAACUUUUGAAGGGGUGGUAUCAUAUGGUCAGGGAUGGAAGUAGCAUCAUACACAGAUAGGUGCUGAAGCUUUAUUUGUAAUGGAAAGCACUCUUUUUUACUGUAUGGCAAGCCAAGCCAAAUCUAAGUAAUAGUCAUUCUUGUCUGGUGCUUUUGCCUCGUAGAUCAACUAGUCUAAUACCCCACUGGAAUGACCCUAACCUGUAUCACAUAUUAUGCAUUCUGGGAUGCUGGAGUUGAGCAUAUCUGAUAUGAAUAAUUGACAACAGGUGUUUAUAAAGCUGACUGAAAUUUGUGGAAAGAGAGAUGUAAUAAAAUAUUUUUGAGAUGGUGAUUUCUAUAGAA